AUGUCCUACUCAGGCUCCCGCUACCGCCCCUCCAGGCGCCAGGUAGCUGCGCCCAAUGAUUCCCGGUCAAGACCGUCGUCACGCUACGAUACCCCCAGCAGAACCCCCCAGCCCGCCGGCGGCGGCGGCCCCAGUCACGGUGGCGAUAGUAGGGCCCGCUCCUUCCCCGCAGAUGAGUACCUCGCCUACAGUUCCGACGACGACGACGACGACUACGACGGCGACUUCUACCGCCGCUCAUCCGGCAGAGCCCCUGGUAGAGCCCCUGGCGGUGGCAGUAGCCGUGGCUACGACUACGAUAGCUACGACGAUGGCUACGACGGUGACUCCGACCGCGGUUACAGCCAAGGCGGUGGUAGAUCUCACUCAUCCCGUGCUUCCGUUGCUCCCCGAGAUGAUCGCCACCACGGUCACGGCGGCUCUCCUCCUUCUUCUUCUUCUUCCCACCGGGACGAACAACGCUACUACGCUCCCGGCGGCUUAAGCAGCUCUGACCGACACCGCCCCCAUGACCGUGACUAUGGCCACGAUUCAGGACCAAGUCCUUCUUCGCGCCACCGUGACGACGACAUGCUCAGAGGAGACCCGAGAGCGCCGAUGGAGCGUGGCAUGUCAGGUCACGAGAGUCGGCGCGAGAUACCCUUUCGCUAUGUGAGCCCUUUUGAUCUGGGUUUCGCCGGCGGAUCGAGAGAGCGUGGUGGUGGUGGUGUUGGCAGGAGUCACCAAGACUCUUUUGGGGAAAAUUGGAACAUUCCGUCGCAUUCCCGUCAUGGGCGUUCGAGCGCGAGGGAUGAUGCAUGGUUUUCUGAUGGAGAGUCCGAUUGGAGUGAUGGGUUCUGGUGA